UACAACUUGCUCUCCUCGGACAACCUUCAGCCAAUACAGCUUUCUUGCCCCGCUCUCCACCCCAUUCUUCGCCGGCGCCCUUUCGCUCUCCGUCCCUCGGGUUAUCAUAUCGCCCUCGUCCGCCGUCAAAUUUAGGUCGAGUUCCAGGUCCCGUUCACGUCUCGUCAAAAUGACGGAGCCCAUAGCACACACGCCCUCCCCUCAACCCGACCUUAAUCGGAACCGACUCCCCACCCUGUUCGAGGUCCUCAGCAGGCGGACGCUUCCGCCCGUCGAUCUGUUCUCUUUCUAUAUUUAUAUGAGAGACCAGCAGCGCUCUGUUGACUACCUCGAUUUCUGGCUCGAUGUCGCCCAACACAUGUCACUAUGCCGUCACUAUGUUCGCGAAUUGCGACGUUCCGUCCUUGUUGGUACGCCUGAGCCCGACCGAAGCUCCAAACGAUCAUCCGCCAUUCUUGAGAGCAUGGGAGAUUUGAACCCCGUCGCAGGACCGUCAAUGUGGGCGUCAGAGAAGGAGAAGGAUCAAGAUGCGCAAAUGUCUGCCUUCCUGCGCGAGGAUCGAUCGAUCACUCAGGAGUCCCCGCAAAGCAGCACCGACCGCCGUGGUCGUCCGAGCAACCUGAGCAACCAGCGAGAACUCACUACCGACUCGAAUUCCCCAGCGCAUGCCGUAGCGCGCGACGAUAUCAGAGCCUCGGCCGAGAAGAUUCUUUACACCUUUCUCCUUCCCGGCGCAGAACGCGAGAUCACUCUUCCGGGUUCCAUCACUUCGGAUGUCACAACUGCUAUCGAGGAUUAUGGACGCGAUGACCCGGAGGUGUUUGACGUGGCUAAGGAUUAUGUGUUUCAGGCCAUGGAGAGGGACGCGUUCCCCGGCUUCCUUAGGAUGAAGGCCCUCGGAAACCUCAUCCCCCCCACAUUGAUGCUGCGCCUCAUGAUCGGUCUUGUGGCUAUGUUCGGUGGCUUCUGGACUGCCUUCACUUUGAUCUUCCUGAACGAAUCUCGCCAAACAAGGUGUUGGGUUAUCCUGCCUUUCACCAUUGGAGUUUACUGUCUCUGUUCAUAUCAGUACUCACUCGACCCCAUUCUCGCACUUGUCGGACUCAGUGAAUAUACCCCUUUCAACUUCUCCCGAGUUCGGGAGCCAUACGUCCGAAAACUCCUCGCUCAGAGAUCUAUGGUGGUUCUCGCCGUCACUGCCGUUGUAGACGCCGCGCUAUGCGUCUUGUUCAUUCUCGUACCAGGAAAACGACUAUGAUCUGGUACACACGAGAUCACGCGGUAAUGGGCGGUUUUCUUUUCGGCGUUUUGGUUUGCUUAAUUUAUUGCCAUAAUACCCAUGGGAGCUAGGACGGCACGGAAAAUGGGACAAUUGGCUUCCCCUGUUCUCGACAAUGCCACGCCGUGUAAUUUUUUCUUUGUACUGACGACGACCGGUUACCACUCUUAAUUCAGGCGUGGAUGUCGAUAAUCUGGUUUC